AUGGGUCAGGGCCACCAUCAGGAGCCACUUGCUGUGGGUCAUGGUCCACCAUGGCUCCGUGACCCCUCGCCGUGGCCCCUGAUCAGCCGCAACUACAAGGGGGACGUGGGGCUGGGGGAGAUCGACCACUUCAUGGGGCUCCUGCUGCAACGGGAGGAGGAGGGGACCUUGGCCCCGCUCCUGACCCACGGCCACGUCCACUUCCUCUGGAUCAAACACGCCAACCUCUACCGUAUCCUCCCCGUGACCCACAUCUCCCCAUACCCCCCAACAUCUCCAUCCCACCACCACCACCACCACAGGUACAUCACCCAGGAGGGCAACAAGCUGGAGACGGGGAAGUCGCGCGUCCCCACCACGGUGACCAACGCCGUGUCCUGGCGCUCCGAGGGCAUCCGCUACAAGAAGAACGAGGUCUUCAUCGACGUCAUCGAGUCCGUCAACCUGCUGUACUUCAAGGAGUUGGAGGAGGAGAGCAUCCGGGACAACUUCGUCAUCGUCUACGAGCUCCUGGACGAGCUGAUGGACUUUGGCUUCCCCCAAACCACCGACAGCAAGAUCCUGCAGGAGUACAUCACCCAGGAGGGCAACAAGCUGGAGACGGGGAAGUCGCGCGUCCCCACCACGGUGACCAACGCCGUGUCCUGGCGCUCCGAGGGCAUCCGCUACAAGAAGAACGAGGUCUUCAUCGACGUCAUCGAGUCCGUCAACCUGCUGGUGAGCGCCAACGGCAGCGUUCUGCUGAGCGAGGUGGUGGGCACCAUCAAGCUGAAGGUGUUCCUCUCGGGGAUGCCCGAGCUGCGCUUGGGCCUCAACGACCGCGUCCUCUUCGAGCUGACGGGCCGAGGCACCAACAAGUCGGUGGAGCUGGAGGACGUCAAGUUCCACCAGUGCGUCCGGCUCUCCCGCUUCGACAACGACCGCACCAUCUCCUUCAUCCCACCCGAUGGAGACUUCGAGCUCAUGUCCUACCGUCUCCACACCCAGGUGAGCGCCAACGGCAGCAUUCUGCUGAGCGAGGUGGUGGGCACCAUCAAGCUGAAGGUGUUCCUCUCGGGGAUGCCCGAGCUGCGCUUGGGCCUCAACGACCGCGUCCUCUUCGAGCUGACGGGCCGAGGCACCAACAAGUCGGUGGAGCUGGAGGACGUCAAGUUCCACCAGUGCGUCCGGCUCUCCCGCUUCGACAACGACCGCACCAUCUCCUUCAUCCCACCCGAUGGAGACUUCGAGCUCAUGUCCUACCGUCUCCACACCCAGGUGAAGCCCCUCAUCUGGAUCGAGUCGGUCAUCGAGAAGUUCUCCCACAGCCGGGUGGAGAUCAUGGUCAAGGCCAAGGGCCAGUUCAAGAAGCAAUCGGUGGCCAACGGGGUGGAGAUCGCGGUGCCGGUGCCCAGCGACGCCGACUCCCCCAAGUUCAAGACCACCGUGGGCUCCGCCAAGUACCUCCCGGAGAAGAACCUGGUCAUCUGGACCAUCAAGUCCUUCCCGGGUGGGAAGGAGCACCUCAUGCGUGCCCACUUCGGGCUGCCCAGCGUGGAGAAGGAGGAGGAGGAGGGACGGCCACCCAUCGCCGUCCGCUUCGAGAUCCCCUACUUCACCGUCUCGGGCAUCCAGGUGACACUUGUGGGGUCUCCAGGGUGGUGGCCCCAUCCUUUUGGGGAUGGGGUGGUGGGGACGUGGAUUGUGGGGGUGGUGGCCCCAUGA